UUGCCUGGAUUACUGAAAUGCAUCAGGACUUUAUGAAUAUUGAUAAAUUAGGCAACUGACUUUUUUCUAUGAACAUCACAAUGAAAAGCGUUUAAAUAUUUAGUCAAUUUUAUGUUGCUCUAAGAUGAGGUGAAACAACUUUAUAAUUAAUCUUCUUUUUGUGUGUUUUUUUAUUUUAAAUUAUUAUUUUAAUAAAUCAUCAGACACCACUCUAGCAACUUAUAGAUGCUAAAGUAAGAAACUAAAACAAGGAAAGCAACAAUUUCUGUCAACUUGCAAUAACAAUACUGAAGUAAUAUGAAGCUGAAUUACUAACGGUGCAGGUUUUUCCUCAUGUUUUCGCUGAUGCUGUUUAAUUGUUUGCAGACUGUUGCUACAAACGUUGCUCUCAGCAUUAUUAUUGAACAAACCACGUUAAACACUGUAAUAACUGUAACAUAAGAAUCACAUUGUUGCAUUUAAGUAGCUUCAGACAGAAGUCUAAAAUGGUUUGAUUUUCAAAUCAAUUUUAUUUGACAUAAAAUUGAAUGAAUAUGUAUGUCUGAAUUAUGAUAAUUUUUAAGUUUAUUUUUUCCAAGUUUCUUAAAGGUAGAAGGUAGAUCUCUAACAAAGGUUAGAAGAAAAUCAUUUGACUGUUCACAAAGUUGCUGGUGCAGUGUGCCAAAACCUAAUGAAAUAAAACAUUUUGUUUUUAAWAGAUGGGUUUCUGGUUUUUGGCAUWAACUGUUUUUUAUUGUUGAUAGGUCAAACUUAACCUCCGCAUUUAGGGAAAGUACAUUUACCAAAAAUGUUAAUUGUGGGCAAUUAAGUAAACAACCCAAUUUMUAAUUAAGUCUUCUGAAGUAAUGCUGAGAACAUUAGCUGUUUUAAUUCAUCAUAUUUACUCAUGUUCGUCAGAAGCCAGAAAAACGUUCUAAGACAAACUUCAAGUUUCACCUUCUCUAUAAAUGGUGAGAUAGUGUGGGUAGGGCUUAAUGUGACACAAAGAUACACUUCCUCUUCCCUUGAUGGCGAAAACAUUGGCCAACCUCCACUCUACUGGAGGAAGUUUUUUUUUCAUCUGAGCUCAGAGCAGUGUGCGGAUAAUUUAUUACAAGUGUGCCUCUGAGUGCACAUAUUUUGAUGUAAAUUUUCUACCGAUUCAACAGUAUUUUUAUUUUAUUUAUUAAUUUUUUUAAUGGUGUAUUGCUCAGUGAACCAGGUGCGGAGGAUGUACCACUGCUGUGUUUAAGGUCUGGCUGCUGGWACGGUGAAAGAGAAGAAAUGGAAGAACCAGGGUCAAACAAAGAUUCUUCUCAAGGCACAGAGGUGAGGAAGGUGAAGUCUGAAACCAAGCGAUACAGUGAAAUCUUCAGAGAUUUUGAUAAUCUUGAUUUAUCGUUUAUUCCUUCUGAAGCGGAGGAUUUACUGAUCGAUAGUGACUCCAUCUCAGAGACCAUCUCUACAGAAGGAGCUGAAAUCAUAGAGCAAAACGAUGUACACAUUUGUGCUGAAGCCAGUGAAGUGGAUGGAAACCAAACAGCCCAGGAUGCAGACUUGGCCCUCUUUCGCUGUGAGGAUGGAGUGGAGACGGCACUGCAGUAUGCCAAGUUGUGGUGCCGCUAUGCCAAAGACCUUCUGGCCUGGAUGGAGAAGAGAAUCAGCUUGGAACAAGAAUUUUCAAAAAACGUGAUAAAAACAGCUGAAGGAGCAAAGAUCAAUGUGGCACAGCAGGAGAUGAUGCCACUACAGUACAUCUACACCAUGGCUUUGGAGCAAGACAUCAAAAACAGUGUGACCUCUAGGAGGACCUAUGAACUGCUACAAAACCGUUGCUAUCAGGCUUUGGCUGCUAAGAGGAAUGAGAUCGAUAAGUGGCGCAGGGAAUUUAAAGAGCAAUGGGCAAGAGAACAAAGGAAGAUGAAUGAAGCAGUGUCGACUCUUAAAAAGGCCAAACAUCAAUAUUUCCAGCGCUGUGAYGAGCUAGAAAAAGCUAAAGCAAGUUCUGCUAAAGCUGUGGACGACACAGCUGGAGUUAAAACGCUUGAUAAAAGGAGGAAGUCCAAAGAUGAAGCCAAGACAAAGGUAACGGAGACGGAGCUUCUCUACAGACAGUGUGUGAGUGAUGCCAAUAUUCACCAAGAUGAGCUGGUGAAGGUCAAAGAAAGAAUUAUUUCUCACAUUCGGAAGCUCAUUUGUCAAGGAGACACUGUGCUCAAGGAGGCCACAGUCAACAUGUUCUUCUACCAGCGGCAGCAGACAGAGCCUAUUCCCCUUGGUUAUCACAACCUGGAGGUGACAUGCAGAACUGUGGAGCCUGGAGAGCCUUAUCUGCUUUAUGUCCUCAGCAAGCGUCGCCCUGUGCAGCCUCUCCAGAUCUUCACUUUCCAGGAGUAUGCACCUCAUGGCAAAAGCAACAAACGAAAAACCGGCACCGUUUUCAGCCCUGUGCAGGACCCGUCUCUUAUGCUAGACGAUAAUUCAUGCAGAAGAUCCAGUGAUGCCAAGAAAACAGGCUACAGUGACAGUGAAAGUUUUGGAGGCAGUUCUGAAUCUCUGUCCAGCCCUGCACACAGGAGGCUCCCAAAAACAUUAUCUACUUUGACAGUGUCGUCAGAUGACCUGGACGACCGAGAUGCUGUGUUAGAAUCAGAGUAUACUGAUAGCCAGUCUGUAAAAACGCGAAUGUUUUCUCGAGCAGCGCUAACACACCGACUCAAGAAGACAAAAAGCAAGAUGAUUAAAUGCAAGCAGUGUGAAAACUACAUUGUUGUCAGUGGGGUUGAAUGUGAGGAGUGUGGGCUGGCUUUCCACAGGAAGUGCAUGGAGAUGUGUCAGUUAGAGUGUGAGAACAAAAAGGGGACGGUGUUUGGAGUAGACCUAUCUGUGCUUUUACGAGACAGACCAGAUGAGGUGCCAUUUGUGGUGAUGCACUGCACAUCCGAAAUAGAGAACCGGGCUCUUUCCGUUCAGGGGGUAUAUCGUGUGAGUGGAGCAAAGCCUCGCAUUCAGAAGCUCUGUCAGAGCUUUGAGACUCAAAAGGAGCAAGUGGACCUCUCUGACCUCUCGCCACAUGACAUCACCUCCAUUCUGAAGCACUUCUUCAAAGAGCUUCCAGAACCUCUACUAACUUUUGACUUGUACAAUGACUUUAUUGUGGUGGGAAGAACCAUUCAGCACCUGAAUGAAAAGGAAACUUCACCAGACCCUAAUGAGAUCAUAGACAUUAUUCAUAACCUGCAAAAGCUACUGCAGAAGCUUCCUUUCUAUUGCUACAACACAUUGCAGCACCUUAUUUCCCAUCUACAAAAAGUUUCAGAGAACUACGACAACAAAAUGUCCCCUAGCAAUUUGGGUAUUGUGUUUGGACCGACAUUAUUGCGCCCCCUAGUGUCCACAGACAUGUCAAUGAUUGCCCUUUUGGAGACGAGCUACCAGGCUGUACUUGUKGAGUUCCUCAUCACGCACCAUGACAAGAUCUUUGGCUUGGAGCAGGGCACCGUAACACCCCCUCCCCCAGUGCCCACAGCACCUCUUCCAGACACUCCUCCWAGAGCUUCCUGUCCUCUGGAUGGAGUUGAUGCUGACCUGGAGCAUGACCUGUCCACCAGAGAGCGUCCACCCUCACUAGAAAGCCGAGCUUUCAAGAGAGACUCGAGCGAGGGUUAUAUUUCUGACAAGUCUUCAUCCAAUGAGGCAGUGGACCAGCUUGGCCCUGAAGCCUAUGAGAGAGCAGUCCUGGCUGUGAGAGCAUCAUCAAGUAAUCCCCAGCAUGUGUCAGUGAGAGGGUCAGUCCCUGACGUAGGUACCCAACCACACUAUCGCUUCACCAGACAACCUGUGAAGUACUACCGGCAUCAUAACGCAGGAACUCGACUCUCUUUUCCACACUGUGCGACGAGACAGGCAGCUCGUCCAAAGAGGGGCUCUCAGGAGAGUGCAGACAGCAGCCRCAGUCCCUCUCCAGAGCCAGAAACACAGAGAUGUUCACAAAACUCAGAUGGCCACUGGAACAACACUCAGCAGCCCCACCAGGUUACGACUACAGCURAGGGUAUUAAGGACGGCCCGUUGAGCCCUCGAGAGGUUGUGGAGUACAUGCUGGGACUGGACUCGGCGGUUACAUCUCCUGCAGCUGAAACAUCCUCCGGUACAACACAGAGGCCUACUGAAGAGGUAGAAACGUGGUGGCAAGCUGACCUGAACAUAAACAUGAGCAAUAACCGACACUGCACUGGACAGAAUCUCAGUUCGUCGCCAAAGAACGUUCCUUUUGAGCACAACCUGACCUCACCUGCUCAAAAGAUCCUGUCUGGUCUGAAGCUGAGACGCAGUCACUCGGGGAAGGAUGAUCAGCUCUUUGUCUAAUCAAGAAUAACAAUUCUAGAGACUGCAGUGACUGUGCAUACACCCGAGGUCUGUAAUUAUAACACUGAUUAUUAGAUUUGUGUAUGUUUUUAUAUAUAGGAUGAAAAACAUUGUCCCAUUUUAGUGCAUAUUGCUCCACUCUUUCAGAACACAAUAUUUAAAUGUGCAAAAAGUUGCAUUUUUCAAACUUACAUUUGAAACACUGGAGGGUGUCCGUUUUUUUAAGAGUUAUUGGAAUGCCCUAACCACUUUAUUCAUUUAAUCAGGUUGAUCUGUCAACCAUUCAGUUACAUGAUGUAAAUAUCAGACAAGACACGUUUGUGUAUGAAUAUACAGUAUUUCAAUGUACAAUACAGGUUAGGAUUUGGAGAGAUGGCACAAAAAGUUUUUUCUUGUUAAAAGCUGUAAUAACGUUUGAAGGUUUGAAAGUGUUUAUGUAGUUUCUAGAGCAGUGUUUCCCAAAGUUGGGGUCGGGACCCAAAGUGGGGUCCCGAAACAUCAAGGUGGGGUCCUGAAAAGAUUUUCUGAAUUAAUUACAUUUUUUUUGCCUUAGUUGUUCCAAAUUACUGAGGUUAGUAUAUUGAAAAUGGAUAAAUGUGGUAUAAUAAACAUUGUUACUAUGCCCAUGUUUUGUUGACCUGAUACAAAUGUUUAUCAUCCAA